AGAGCAGCCGCAAGCCCGGGCUGGGCCAGUCGGGGGGCGUCGUGAUGCUGCUGCGCCUGCUGCUGGCCUGGGCGGCCGCAGUGCCCACACUGGGCCAGGCCUCCUGGCCCACUGAGCCGCACGCUACCUGUGGCCCCAACAGCUGCUAUGUGCUCUACCCGGAAUCCCGCACCUUCCUAGAAGCCUGGCGGGCCUGCCGUGAACUGGGGGGUAACCUGGCCACACCCCGGACACCCGAGGAGGCCCAGCGUGUGGACAGCCUGGUGGGCACUGGCCCGAAAGACAAGCUGCUGUGGAUCGGACUGCAGCGACAGGCACGGCAGUGCCAGCUGCAGCGCCCACUUCGUGGCUUCACAUGGACCACCGGAGACCAGGACACAGCCUUCACCAACUGGGCCCAGCAAGCCAUGGCAGGGUCCUGCAUGGCCCAGCGCUGUGUGGCCCUGGAGGCCAGUCAUGCCCAUCGCUGGCACGAGGGCUCAUGCACACUGCCUAUCGAUGGUUACCUGUGCCAGUUUGGCUUCGAGGGUGCCUGCCCAGCAUUGCCGGACGACGUGGGCCAGGCCAGCCCCACUGUCUACACCACGCCCUUCCACCUGGUCUCCACGGAGUUUGAGUGGCUGCCCUUCGGCUCCGUGGCUGCCGUGCAGUGCCAGGCUGGCAGGGGAGCCUCUCUGCUCUGCAUAAAGCAGCCUGAAGGAGGUGUGGGCUGGUCCCAGGCUGGGCCCUUGUGCCUGGGGACUGGCUGUGGCCCGGACAACGGGGGCUGCGAACAUGAAUGUGUGGAGGACAUGAAUGGUCAGGUGUCCUGCCACUGCACUGAAGGCUUCCAGUUGGCGGCAGAUGGGCGCAGCUGUGAGGACCCUUGUGCCCAAGCCCCAUGUGAGCAGCAGUGUGAGCCUGGGGGGCCACAGGGCUACAGCUGCCAUUGCCUCCUGGGCUUCCGACCAGCUGAGGAUGAGCCACACCGCUGCGUGGACACAGAUGAGUGCCAGAUCCCUGGUGUGUGCCAGCAGAUGUGUGUCAACUAUGUUGGUGGCUUCGAGUGCUAUUGCAGUGAGGGUCACGAGCUCAAGGAGGAUGGCUCCAACUGUAUCGCCACAGGUGCCGUGGGCGCCAGGGCCUCCCAGGACCUUGUAGAUGAGUUGCUGGAUGAUGGGGAGGAAGAAGAGGAGGAGGAGGAGGAGGAGGAGGACUUUGAUGGUGGCUGGACAGAGGACCCUGGGAUCCUGUGGAUGGAACCCACGCAGCCACCGGACAUUGGCUUGGUUUACAGACCCAGCUUCCCAGGAGAGCAAGAGCCAAGGAGACCCCAUCUGGAGCCCACUUGGCCACCCCCACUCAGUGCCCCCAGGGUCCCCUACCACUCCUCAGUGAUCUCUGACACUCAGCCUGUGGUAGUCUCUGCCACACGCCCCACACUGCAUUCUGCCCGCCAGACCCCUAUUAUCUCUGCUGCAUACCCACCCCUGAACCCUCCCCAUAGACACCCUGUGCUCUCUGCCAUGCACCCCACACUCCCCUCUGUCCGCCAGACGCCCCCACACCCACCCCUGAGCUCUCCCCAUAGACCGCCUGUGCUCUCUUUCGUGUACCCCACCCUGUCUUCUGCCCACCAGAACCCUAUUAUCUCUGCCACACACCCACCCCCGAGCCCUGCCCAUCGGCACCCCAUGAUCCCCGCCAUGUACCCAGCUAUACUUCCUUAUCACCAGAACCCUGUGAUUGAGGCCAACUAUCCAGAUCUCCCUUCUGCCCACCAGCCCCAAGUUAUCUCUGUCAAUCCCCCAGCACAGCCCCCUGCCCACCAGCCCCCUAUUACCUCACCCAAAUAUCCCCACUUCUUCCCUCCCCACCAGUCUCCCAUGUUUCCAGACCCUCAGGUGGCAGACACUCAGACCACCACUCAUCUGUCUGGAAUCCCAGCUAACCCUGCCCCUCUGGACACCACCCCAAGCGCCCAUCAACCCCCUCUGUUCAGAGAUGUCACAGCCAUCAGGACCCAAGACCCCCAGCUUUCUUUUACCCCAACUGUCCAGCACACCCUGCCCACUACCUCUGGGUCACCUCACACCCCUGCCCAUCAGGCCCCUGUGCCUGCUGCUACUCAGCUCACAGCCCUCCCUACUCCUCUGUCCCCUCAAAGCCCAGCUAACCAGACCUCACGUGUCAGCCCUACACAUCCCCAUUCCAAAGCUCCCCAAGUCCCAAGGGAAGGUGGUCCCACUUCCAAAUUGGUCCCUACAGCAGUUCCAACAGCUCUGGCAGAGGCUGGUCUAGCAAGUCAAAGCCAGAGGGAUGACCGGUGGCUGCUGGUGGCACUUCUGGUCCCGACAUGCGUCUUCUUGGUGGUCCUCCUUGCACUGGGCAUCGUGUACUGCACCCGCUGUGGCCCCCAUGUGCCCAAUAAGCGCAUCACUGACUGCUACCACUGGGUCACCCAUGCUGGGAGCAAAGGCCAAACAGAACCCAUGCCCUCCAGGGGCAGCUUCACAGGGGUACAGACCUGCAGAACAAGCGUGUGACAGGGCAAGAUGCCCCUGCGGUAGGGGGAAGGGACAUGGCUGGACACAUAGCUGAGGCUGCACCAGGGACCUAUGGGGCUGCCCACCUGGACAGAGGGCCUCCUGCUCCCUGGAUCCUGCACUCAUGACAGAGGAUACACCAAGGCCACCAGGACCUCAGGGGUUGGGUGCUGGGGUCUUCUCCAAUAAAUGAAUGGGGUGCCAACCUCA